AUGAGUUUGAAUCUACCAAAUCCCAGUCUAAUUGGUAUACUACUAGUCAUAUCAACACACAGUGGGCCUCAAUUAAUAUACAAGUAUCCAUUUGAUUUAUCCAAUGAUUCAUCUAGAGACGAAUCCAAGUAUGCAUUGGAUGACAACGAAGAUGAUGAACUAUAUGACCACGAGGAGAGCGAGGAUGAAAACGAAAUGUAUGGAGUUAAUUCACGAAACUGGGACUCGAAACAUAUCGAUUACUAUAUGGGCACCAAGUCAGAUCUUUUAAAGUUUUUGGAUGAACAGGACUCCCGGAGAAGAAGAAUCACAACAACGUCACCGUCAGAAGACAAACACACAAAGGAAAAACAUGGCCUCACCAAGACAAUUUCAAAGUCAAGCACAAUGGCCAGUCUGUCGAUAACAUCACCACCGGAAGCUUCCAUUCAGGGAGAAAUAUUUGGAACCGACGCAACCUAUAUAUGUGAAAUGUUGGCACCGCCAAAACAAAUGUGCAAUACUCGUUUUGAAAUGGCUGUUCAGGACAAACUAUUUUUGGGACUACCAGUGCACAGACAGGACAAUGGGCAGUGGCGUAGUAUUGGCCACAACAACCAGCAUGACGAGGAGGAACUAAACGAAACAACAGAGAAAACAUACACUGCCAAAAACAGCCUAAAUAUGUUUCACUUGGUGUUUGUGAUGAACCCGCCAGUUAUUGAAAGCAACCACAGAGUGGAUGAAAUGUUCCAUUAUGUUAUAUCACGGUUGUCGCUUGUGUUGCGUUAUGAACAACAGAAGCAUGAUUACGUGUCCCAACAAGUGAAGAACAUCUUGGCUCUACGGGAACUGCUUGAGGGAAACGAGUCAUUGUUGACUGAAAAAUCGUCAUUGUCGAGAGUCAUACGUGACUGCUUUGAAGGCAUCAGUACGUCGACAAUUGCUAAUCUCUCCAUCAAUGGAAAGUUGCGCUCAUUUCAAAUACCAAUCAAAACCGAGUUUCAUUCACUACCGGAUCCCUCGGUGCCAUUUCUCCCCGCGUCAUAUUUGUCGUCUACAGUGGAGCUACUUGGAGAGACAAGCUUUAUCAACGUAGGAGAGACAUCUAGAUACGGCCACGCGUUCAAUCCUGUACCGGACGAGGAAAAUUCUGCAGAAAAGAUCAUUGUUUAUUUUGCUUUACUAUUGUUGGAUGACCCAGAAUCAAUCAUCAAGGAUAUGAAGACAGAGAAUGACUCAACAUUAGCGAAAUUCAUCCGAAUGAUUGAGCCCACUGAAUCGUUGUUGAAACUAUCAGCAAGAAACAGCAAUCUUGAUAUUUCCCAAAUUAAAGACUUUGCCUUUCACCUCAUUUAUUGGCGACGUGCUCGUGUGAUACUACCAUUGUCAUCAAGGUCUGUGUACAUUGUAUCGCCAAUGGCUCCCAUCACUAUAAAGUUGUACGACGAUAUCUCAUUUUUUAAUUGCCGAUUUCCAACAUUACCUUCGUUACCCCAUUUUCUCAAGUUGUUGUCUCCACAGUCCAGAAAGCCCCAACAGUUUGCAACGGUGAUACCUUCCAAAGACCAUCGUGAUAGAUAUUUACAAGCAUUGGGAUGGUUGAUCAAACAUGGCUAUGUGACACAGCUUCAAACUUUUAUUUGGUUGAAAAUUUCCCGCAAGAUAAAGAUUAAGGUGGAGGAAGAUAUCGAGAAUGAGAACUUGGCAAAGAAAAAGAAAAAGCAAAAGAAUGGGUCCGUGUCGAGCAAGAACGUAGUGACAGCAAAUUCACUAAAGACCGAAACCCCAAUUAUGCCAACCGAUAACACUUCAAAGCAAGUUACUAAUUCCAAAGACCUGGUCAAACCAAAUGACGAUGAGUUCGCCUCUAAACCCCACUACCCUGUUUUAGACGGUUUGCAUGAACACAUAGAUGGGACUCCCAUAGUAACACUAGUUCAGGGGGAUGACACCAUCAUCCUUGAUCCAGGGAGAGCAACAACGUUGGAGCGUCGGUGGAUUAACAAGAUUAUAUACGAAGAGUGCAAACUAUCUCCUGAACUUACAGCUGUUUUUUACAAAUUGCUCAAAUACAUGAAUGGGAAACACUCUCUUGAGUUGUUGUUGCUAAAAGAGAAUAUCUCAAGAAGUGAGUUGCGAAAGCUAUUGCUAUCCAUUGAAGAGCAUAUCAUUUCAGUAAGACACUGGUAA